GUCAAUUCAAGUUUAAUGUUAUUAUGGGAAUAAUGCAACUGGUAGAAUAUUUUUUAUAAUUCAAAAGGGAAAAAAUUUAUAAGACAAGUUUUAUUUAACACAAUUUAUACAUUUUAGAUAAUAGAUAAGUUGUAAGUUACACAAAGAAUAAGAAAAACAAAGAUCAAAGAUCAUCGAGGCAUUAUAAUUAAGGUUAGCUAAUCCAAUUAAAAUAAAACUCAAAUGAUUUGACAUUUUUUGAUUAUUUAUAAUGCUGAGUUUUUUAAAUUCACACAUUCCAAACUGUGUUAUUCAAGGGGCAACCGCAGCAUUUUUUAAAGGAGAUACUUUAUUCAUAGCUGGUUGUGGUAGAUUUUUUGAAGGAACAGCUGAACAGAUGUAUUCUGCACUAGUGGAAAAACUAGGAAAUUUACCAGAGAACACACGGGUCUUCUGCGGUCAUGAAUACACAUUACAAAAUCUAAAAUUUGCCAAAUUUGUCGACAAAAAUAAUCAAGAUGUACUCAAAAAGAUAGAAUGGGCGGAAGGGCAAAGGAAAAAAGGGCUACCAACUGUGCCAUCUACAAUUGGAGAAGAAAAGAUGUACAACCCAUUCAUGAGGGUGACUACAAGCGUGAUCCAAAACCAUGCGGAGUGUACUUCACCAAUUGAAGCUAUGAAAACCAUAAGAAAAGAAAAAGAUAAUUUUGUUCCUUCAUAA